AAAAAAGACGAAGCACCAGUUUUCAGAAGUUCGUGGGGAUAUUUCCAUUUAGGAUUCUGAACGGAGUUUUGCUACAGAAAACAUCAUGCUGCUGCGUGUUUUGUUUGGUGGGGAGCAGAAGUACGUGAAACUUUCUGAUCUAACAUUUGAUGCAUUCGUGAGAGAAGUGUGCCUGAAAUUUAACAUUCCAGAAGGCAGACAGCAAGAUCUGAAGGUGUAUGACCAGUCUGAUACAGAAGUUGAUGUAGAUGUUUUUGAUGAAAUAGUGGAUCAGUCACCUGGAACCUUUCGAGUUAUGUUGAGCAACAAAGAAGAUCCUGGUGCUGUUCUAUCAUCAUCAUCUUCAUCUUCAGUCGCAUCUGAUGAUACUAUCAUUCUGAAUUUCACAACGUGUGACCCAUCAGAAGAAGAAGCCACUGCUGAAGGAAGUCAACCUAAAAGGCCAUGUCACAUAAAUUAUGAGGCGAAAGCGUUGAUUGAAAAAAUCUUGACAACUAAGCCUGGUGGUGAGCGUAUCAUGCAAGAGUAUGCAAGAACUAAAUGCUUGACAGAUGCAACCAGAAGACAGAUGAUAAACAUCCUUACAGCUGCAAUGACAGAAGCACAUGGAUCAUCCCCUCCUAAAAGCGUCAGAGUGAUGUAUGCUCAGGGGAUCGUUGCCCUAUUUCCCUAUCUGGAGGACCCGUUUUCAAAACAUGGAUAUGAGCAUUACUAUGAUCCAGAGAGCGGUUCAGGAUACCUUGCAUGGCGUUUAAAGACCAUUCAAAGAAAAACUGCAGAGGAAAGGGGUGCCUCAGGUAGCAAAUCUCCUAAAAGUGGUGGACCAGGCCAUGGUCAGUCCAGGGUUUUCACUGCUGUAAAAGUGCUGUCAGAUGAGGAAGUGGAAGCAGCUAUUGCUGUUUUGAAACACUCUGCUGAUGAUGACACUGUCCGUGAGAAGAUGAAGGCUACCUUCCAUUACCGUCAUUCAAUGGUCAAUGAUGAAAAGAAAGCAGCAAAUGUCUUCUCUGUCUUUCCACGGUUUCUGGACACCCCAGGACUGAUAGAACAAGAUUUCAGACUCCUGUUUGGCGAAGGCACUGCCAACAAAUUUUUGGAGAAGUGGCCCACCAGUCUCAAAUCCAAGGUUAUAAAGGAAAGCCAUGGCCUGGUACCCACCAAUGAGCUCUUGAAUUUAUUGCGGAAUGCAGAGUUGGCUGCUGAAGCUGAGAAUGGUUGGGAUAGUGACAUGUCUGCUAUUUUGCUUCUGCUGCAUCUGCUACCACCAUCUGCACAAGGACGAAAGAGGCCGGGUAAGAUGUCUGCAUCUCAAGCAGUGGAUCACCUCAUCAGAUUUCUAAAGGUUGGAACCAGUGUACAACUGCAUCUUGACAAGAUCACGCAUCGUACCCAACCCUACCUCCUUGCCCAGGGAUCCAUCCAAAGCAGUAUUCACACAUUCUUCAUUGUGAUUGACAACUAUGCUAUUCCAUGUAAGGCAACAUGUUCAGUUGGAGCUCUUGAUGAGCUCUUUAAGGCCCAUUAUGUGUUUGGUACGUCAUACAGUGCUCCCUUGACCAACUUCUUCACCUUUCUCCAAACAACUGUUUACAACAUAAAUGUUGGAGAAACAAAGGAAACUCCCAGAGUUGCCGAGUUGAGGGCAAGAAUGCUCCAUUAGCGUGACAUCAAACAAUGCAGUGUUUCAUCUGCAAAUGUGACAGUGACACACCAAACAGCCUUGUUAAGCACCUUAAACUAAUCCAUGGCCUUUGUUCUGGCAGGACUCUCCAUAUUAAAUGUGGUCAAGUAGGAUGUUCACGUUCUUUUGGUAGCUUUUCUGGUUUUAGAAAGCAUCUAAAUAGAUGUCAUCUUAGUGAUUCAUUUGAAUCUGUAGAAGGUGGGGAGUUUUCACCUUACAAAAAUGUUGUUGA